AUGAACCAGUAUGUCAAUAAACGAUUUAGCAAUCAAUACAAGGCCACAAUCGGUGCUGAUUUUCUCACAAAGGACAUUACAAUUGAUGAUAGGGUUGUGACUAUGCAGAUUUGGGAUACGGCUGGUCAAGAACGUUUUCAAUCACUUGGAGUAGCUUUUUACCGUGGGGCUGAUUGCUGCGUUUUGGUUUAUGAUUUAACUUACGCUCCAUCUUUCAAAAACUUGGAAAGUUGGAGAGACGAAUUUUUGGUUCAAGCAAGUCCUCGGGAUCCAGAAAAUUUUCCGUUUGUUUUGCUCGGAAACAAAGUCGAUAAUGAAGCUGCUAGAGCCAUACAUGCAAAGCGGGCUGAAGGGUGGUGCCAGUCAAAGUGUAAUAUGCCUUAUUUUGAGGUUAUUUAA